AUGCUGCCCAUCCUGCUGCCCAUCCUGCUGCCCAUCACGCUGCCCAUCCUGCUGCCCAUCCUGCUGCCCAUCCUGCUGCCCAUCCUGCUGCCCAUCCUGCUGCCCAUCCUGCUGCCCAUCCUGCUGCCCAUCACGCUGCCCAUCACGCUAACCAUCACGCUGCCCAUCACGCUGCCCAUCACGCUGCCCAUCCUGCUGCCCCAUCACGCUGCCCCAUCACGCUGCCCCAUCACGCUGCCCAUCCUGCUGCCCAUCCUGCUGCCCAUCACGCUGCCCCAUCCUGCUGCCCAUCCUGCUGCCCAUCACGCUAACCAUCACGCUGCCCAUCACGCUGCCCAUCACGCUGCCCAUCACUGCUGCCCAUCCUGCUGCCCAUCUGCUGCCCAUCAUGCUGCCCAUCACGCUGCCCAUCGCCCAUCAUGCUGCCCAUCACGCUGCCCAUCACGCUAA